AUGGAUCCUGAAAAGCUUCGGAGUUGCAAGGUUAUUCUUGUCAUCGGGCCAGCGGGAGCCGGUAAAACCAGCCUGCUGAAACUUCUAACUGGCGAAGACCUUCAAGUUGGACACCGUCUGGAUCAUGGAACCGCUCUACCUACUGUAAUUCACGGCACUAUUAACGACCAAAGCUUUGUGUUUAUUGACAGCCCUGGUUUCGGACACUCAUCAUCUCAACCGGGCGAGAUUGAGAAACAGAUUCAUGCAAUGCUUGGGCACUUCACUAGGGAGCUGGGUGGUAUCCAUGGAAUACUUUACGUUCAAGACAUCCCGCUCGAGCGCGAAUUAACCGGCAUGCAGGAAGCUACUAACUUUCUGCGUGAGCUGGCUGGUCGGAACUUCAGAUCCCACAUCACAUUCAUAACGACGAAAUGGGAUGCAGUUGCCCCUAAGGUAAUCCGCAAAUGCGAGACUAAGGAAGAGGACUUGAUUCGAUCUAGAUGGGCCAGCUUCAGAGUAGGAGACGAGGGCGGCUCAAGGCUUGUUCGCCAUGGGAUCGACUGCAGUGAGGACGACUUCGAAACUCAGCAAGCGGGUCGCCAGGCACUCCUGAAUAACGUCAUGGCAUAUUAUGUCGAUACGAGUAUACAACGCCUUACUAUGCCAUUUUCGCAGUUGACAUAUGGAGAACAAGGUUUCAAGAUUGCAACAGUGACAGGUCAGAUUAUCAAAGUAACUGGAAAGGUGGCCCUAGCGGUCGGAGUACUUUAUGUCUUCGGGGCAGCAAUUGCUUCAGGAGUCAUCGUUGUUAGCUUUUCGAUUAGAUUGUAUUGA